GUUUAAUAUUUGUUAAUAGAUGAAAUAAUUCCACAGUCGUUAACGAACGCAUCAUUUGUCAUCGCGCUCUCAAAACCGGAUUUUUUCGAAACAGUCGCGGCGAGGCGGUGGCUCCGCCGGAUGGCAACAUCGCGCAUUGCGCGCCUUGCGCGCGGCGCGCCGCCACGGCGCGGAAAUCGCGGAAUCGAUAUCGCGCGCUUCGAUAGUACCGGAGUAUGGCCGAAGGCGGACUCACCACACAUGUCCGCUAAAGACAAAAUAACGUGCGACAAUAGCAACAGACGCGACAACAGUGAAGCAGCAUCAGCCGCGGCGUUAUUAUGCUCGUGUCAAAGGUGUUUCAUUGUCUGCUCCUGUUGACGCUUUUGGACGCGACGUCACAGAUCCGGCCGUCGCUGCACGGCCACAACAAUGCCUUUGUUCAGGAUGACAACGACGUUCAAUAUCUUUUGGAUAAUAUGCCAAUAUCUAUGCAUAAGGAUUUUGCUAAUACAGUACAUGGAGCUGGGGAUGCUGCAUCAGACGAAGAUAAAAUGGAAGAUUCAUUCUUUCACAUUUCUUUUGAGCCAAGUGUGUUGGACUUUAAAGAAAGACAACUUGGUAUCCCUCACCAAGAAACUGUGAUCAUGUUUAACAAGGAUCACAAUAAAACUAUACAUCUUUCUUCGAUAUCGGGAAAUACACGUCAUUUCCAUUCAUCGUUUUUUCAAAACAAAGUAAUUCCACCAUUAGGAAAUACAACAUUUAAUGUUGUGUUUCUUGGUCGAGACGAAGGUGAUAUUGAUACACACCUUUUUAUACAUACUUCAGAUGGGACAUUAAAGUAUCAGGUCAAAGGGAUAAGUGUCAGUAGUCCUUAUAGACUCAGACCUGUAGUCGAUGUCAAGUUACCAUUAAAUGCAUCUUUUACACCUCUUAUAUAUAUGCACAAUCCACAUCCAGAAGCUUUACAAGUGAUGGAAGUAUAUAGUAGUGGCGGAGAAUUUCAAUUAGAAUUACCAUCGGGCGAGCCGGAAGGCACUCGUGAAUUGUGGGAAAUUUUACCUUAUCAAACGAAGCCUAUUAUCAGAUUAACUUUUAACGCUUAUGCAGAAAAGAAUCAUACAGCAUAUGUUAGAUUUAAAGUGAAUAAUACUUCUGAAGUUCUCGUGAUAGCAGUUGAAGUAGAAGUCAAAAGUGGAGCUGGUCUUCAUUGGGGUGGAAGUUCUGGAAUAAUUAAUUUAGGUAUGGGCGGCUCGUUGCAGCCGCCUAUUCGCCACCCUAUUGCUUUAAAGAAUUCCGCAAAGAAAGCAAUUAAAGUUGUGAAUAUUAUAAAUACACCUGUAUCAAAAGCAUUAAAACUACAUUUUGAGCCAGCAAUAAUUCCAGGAGAAACAGAUAUACCAAUUGCCAUUGGAAUGCUGGUUUACGAUUGGAAAACUGGUUUAGACUUACAACAUUUUAAAGGCAAAUUGAUAAUAAAAGCAAUAGGUCCAGGUGGUUCUAGUCAGAAAUUAGCGAUUCCCUGGGUAGCCCAAGUGUUGCAGGGUGGAUUAGAAGUAAAUACAUCGAUUACGCAUUAUUGCUCUCCGCAAUCCAAUCAGGCUCGGAACUUUAGCGUGGUGAAUAAAUUUAAAUUACCGUUAGCUAUUACGAAUGUCACGAUGUGUUCGAACGCGAAAUCGCUUUUUACGAUAAAAGAUUUUACUCCUAGAGUAAUAAAACCUGAACAAAAGGUCAAUAUAUUUUCUUUACAACUUGCCAAAGAAAGAAAAGGUGAUAAUGUGAAAAUGGAAUCAUCAAUAUUGAUACAUUCAAAUGUAUCGGUGACUGAGGUUCCAGUGUUGAGUUACGAUGGUAAAUUAAAAAGAGUCAUGCCAAACGAAAAAGAGGACGACAUGGGAACAAUGAAUUUUGGUACUGUUGGAAGCGGUACCGAGAAUGAAGCGAUUUUUGCAUUAGAAAAUCAGAACCCCGUUAAUGUCGAACUACAUAGCUGGGGUGUGAAUAUGCCUGGUGCGGUCUUGGAACUGAUGGGGUGCCAAAAUGGUCCCGCGGAUCUUUUGGAUAAGGAAUUUCGAAAUAUAACCGUAUGCAGCCAUUCUGGAAAUCAAUACAUAAAACCAGAGUUUCUGGCAAUCUUUAAGAUUAAAGUGAAGACACCUAUGGUCGAGGAAGACACGAUUGUCGGGGAUGUUUUCGUGCGAACAACCUACGAGCGAUUUACUUUGCCGGUGUAUAUGCGGGUUGCGCACGGCAAGAUUUCCUUAAAGAAGCUUAUUUUUACUGAUUGCUUCCCUGGAUCGAUUUGUGUGCAACAAGUGAAAGUACACUCUACGUUCUCAAGACCGAUGGAGGUGAUGCAUAUUGUACCCAUAAGCAAAGACGAUAGGAUAAAAUACAUCCCGUUGGAGGAAGCUACGAUGCCUGUCAUUUCUAAAGGCGAGAAUACUGUUGGCUCGAUACAAAUUGAUUCUUCAGUAACUUGCAAGCAACAGUGUUAUCUAGGUUUAUCACUGGAUACCAACACUGGUAAUCAGUGGUUGAACACGAUGAAUCUUCCUUCACACACCCGCGAUUCCGAUCUGAAUCUUUUGAAUACGCGACAUGUGCGUUUUAUUAACUCCACCGCCGAUAGUUCGUGGGAGAAUGUCACGAUGCGUUUGGAUACAACUGAAGUUCGCGGUCAUAGAUUUCAUGUGAAUAUCAAGCCGUACUGGCCGAGUCUGUUGGCCGGCUCAAGUAGCGUAAAAAACAAGAGUGUUCUGAUAUUUCCGCUGACGCAGCUCGGAAACACGUCGUACCGAGCGAUCAAGCUGCACAAUCCAAGCGCGAGUCUGUUGGUAGUUCAGCUGGUUAUGGAUUGGAGUUAUCCUCAAGGAGCGCGUCUUUACCAUUCUUUGCCAAUGAAAUUUAAGCCUGUGUGUACGGAAUGUUCAUCUACGAUUCCAGAGGAAUUCAAACUAGAAGAAAAUACAGAGGAACGAGAACUAUUUGAGAAGCAGUGGGGCGUAACGAUAGCGCCACAAUCGCUUUCAUUCCAUUUGAAUCCUUCAGAAACGAAAACUGUUCGUGUGGCAUAUACACCCUUUUCCACUUUGGCGUCAACUGGUUUUUUAUAUAUUAGAAAUAAUAUGACUAUUUUAGAAGUCUUACGUUUGAACGGUCGAGGCGCAAGCGCACAAUUUAGAUUCGGCCAUCGCAAGCCGGGAUCAACUACGCCUCUAUUGUUUGAACUGACGGACAAGCAUCUUAAAAAUUGUGAACGAGAUCGCAGCAAGCUCGUCACAACCAUCACUGUAAAGCGAUCUUUUACGGCUAGGAAUACAGGUGAACUGCCGAUUGAGAUUUACGGUUUCUAUAUCAAUGACUGGCACUGCGAGGGCUAUGGCUUCAAGGUGCUCGAUUGCACGCCCUUUAGGCUGAGCCCGAACGCCACGAAGAGAAUCGAGAUAGCGUUUACGCCGGACUUCACACUGUCGCGCGUGGAACGAAAACUGCUGGUGAUGACAAGCAUGGGACCGGACGCCGGUGAGAAUGUCGAAAACGGCAUAGUGACGCUUAAUCUGUUAGCGACUCUCCCGGCGCACUCAUUGAACUUGUGCGCGUCAGUACUUGCGAGACCACCGUGGGAGAGUGUGGUACAGAAGGCUGCCUUGAUCCUCUCGUCAGUGCUGAUGCUGUGCGUCGCCGUGGUCUCAUUCCUCGAAGCGGAUCGAAUACUGCGAGAAGGCCUGGCCAACUACUCGAAGGAGAAUCCAGUGCAACCGCCACUGGAUCUGAGGUUACUGUCGCAUACGAUCUCAUCACACAAUACGACCCAGAGCAACGGCGGUAGCGGCAAUUAUAUUGUUAGUAAAAAUGAGAAAACCGCGAUGAAUGAAAAUGAGAAAAGCAAGACAAGAAAGGACGAGGCAUUUCCCGAUUGGUCAUUAAUGAAUGUGAAAAAAUGCAAGGACAAGGAUGCACAAAAGGGAUUAAAAAUCCCGGACUGGUCCGCCGAGGAGGAACGUAAAUUCAAAUUGGAUACCGAGUCCAAGGAUGUGCUGUCCUUCAAGCGAUGCGAGGACUCGUGUAAUGUAGAUAACAUUAAUGCCGCAAAUGCGACAAACACAUUAUACGUAUCAAAGAAGAAAAAUAAUAAGAAGCAGAACGCUCAAGAGAUUCAAUUGGACAAUUGCAUGACAAGUGAUACGAUCACGGAUGUUCAAUUGAGUCAAGAGAAGAAAUAUAUUGUCAAUGCAGUUACGAAGUCAAGUCCGACAUCGAACAGGAAGGGAAAAACGCAAUCGACACAGUCGAGUGUCAAGGAAGAAUCAAAGUUGAAUGAUCACGAGGCUCAAAUCGACGCGGCGGUAAACAAUAAUAAUCGGACUAACAAGUCUGACAAUAAGCGCAAUAAACACAUGAGUAGCAAUGGAAAUAAUAAUAGUAAUCACGUUUUAUUGAAAAAGUUCGAACCAGUGAGUACUCAAAAAACCAUUCAACUUUCGGAAGAGGAAACUUCAUCUACAACAACGGAGAGUUCAACUCACGAGGAGACAUCGGCAUCGUGUAAAAAUUUUGAUCAACCAUGCGGAAAACAAGAAAAGCUGCAAAGAAAGCCGAUAUCUAAGAAAAGCAAACCUCAGUCUAUUCCUCCUGUGCCAUGCGUAGAUUAUAAGGACAACUAUGAAGGCGACUGUGAUGACGAUGAAUAUGAUAAAGAGAAACAGAAUAAUCCAAAUAGAUGGAAAACAAACACUACUAGAUCCAGCACAAAGCAUCAUAUUCAUAUCUCACGUACCGUCGAGUCAUCUUUUAAGUUAUCACGUCAAAAUAAAAAUCCACCGCGAAAGGAGAAAACGGUGCAGAAACGUCGCGUAGCUGACAAAAUACAUGUUAAAUCCCCUUCUGUAAACGGAAAUGUAAGUCAAAAAGAUGAUGUAACGCGCAUUAGCGAAACAAUGCCCACUCCCUUACCACCUCCACCUUCCUGCUGGGGCGAGAACAGGGCCAAGUUCAGCGACGUCGUGGCGCGAAGUCCAGAGAUCGUUUCGCUGUUUUCCAAUUUAAAUCACGUGAAUAAAAGUCAGACAAGUACGUCUAUGGUAUUCAAUACCGAUGUCAAAGACGUUCAAUAUGCUAAGCCACAAUCGACACAAGAAUUGCCACAAACGCCAAAGAAGUACAGUUUAAUGUCCCCAAAUUCGGCCCCUUUUUGUAGUACGACCGCGAACAAAAACAAAUCGCUCGAUUCGGAGCCUAUGACUUUGCAGCCUGAUUCGCAACAUUCGAACAGUUAUUUCAUCAAUACUUUCACAGAACAUUCAUUUGAACGCGAACUGGUGCCGUAUGAUGAUCUUCCAGAAACUGACGAACCUUUAGUAGAAUUGGAGAACCCCGAAGAAGACACACGGUGCCAAUUAUGGGAAAAUACUAGUCCUAUGAUAAAUUUAUUGUCGGAGAAUACGAACGGAUUUCAACUGGAAUCGCCGAAAACGCCGGAGAAGCCUGUUUUGUCCGACUUAAAAGAUAACUGGACGGUUGAUACGAACUGGGAACCAUUACACACGAGGACAGCGGUCGGAGAGGAACGAAGUGGCGUAUGGGGAAUUAAUACAGGAGGGGUGUGGGCUGCAGCACCCUGGGGCGCGGCUGCACCUCCCAUGAUACCGCAAACAUUACAGUCCGAAACGGACACACAAGAAAGAUCGGGAUUCGAUCCGUUCCGCUCACUCAGCACAAUAUGGACGCCAUCAUCAACGGAAACGUGGAGGACGAAGCACGAGGAUUAAUGACUUGGAAUUUCGAAGGUUUUAUCUUGUGAUAUUUUACAUUUGUUUCGCGAUUUUUUUUUGGAUAAAAAAAUGACGGUUUUAACGGCAGCAAAGUAAUUGCUGCCGUUACCACGAUAAUGGAUUUGAAGUCACGAAAAUUGUUAUAUUUUGUUGCUACUACGCUAUGCGUACUUUGUGAUAUAAUUGUUACUAUUAUGUUGUACGAUAGUAACGCAAGUGAAUAGUUUCUCAAACGAAUUAUUUUCAUACAGUCUCUUAAACCAAAAUCUAGAUGUUACUUCUUAUUUUCUAUUUCAUUAUUUAAAGUAACUUAUACUUUAAAUUAUUUAUAAACAAAUCCAGACAACAGGUCCAAAAUCGAGAUGUAAGAUUAAUAUAUUUGAGCUAUAUUUCAAAAUUAUAUCUACACAGGUUAUUUAUAUAAAAAAAGGAUUGUUUAUAAUAUUUACAUGAAUCAUUUACAUAUCAUGUAGACAAUACAACAGUGUGAUUUAUUAUAAAUUCGAUAAUACACAAAAAAAACUAAUUAAGUUUUGAGAUUGUUAAUCUAUCUCUUUAAUAUUGAGAAUAAGAAUAUUCAGAGAAUUUACUUUUAAUAUCUUAAUAACUAUGAGACAACAUAAACAUAAAAAAAUUUUUAUAUUUUUAGUAAAGUUUAAUAAAAUUAUAAUAACAUUCUUUAAUGUUAUUUUAUGAUUUUAAGAAUAAAUUUUAAAGAAAAAUUAUCUACGUAUGUAUAAAACAAAAAAAUUAAAAAAUUACAGUGAAUGACACACACACAAAUCCAAAUAAUCAACCCUGCAGAUUUUAAACAGAAUAUACAUGGAAAAUAUUCUCUAAAAAACCGAUUACAUAUUCAAUAUUUAGUUUUCUUUUAGUUUUUCUUCUUUUAAGUAAUGAUUCUUUCCAAAGAAUAUUUUCUGGUAAUAAUAUUUUAAAAUACUCAGCAUUUAUUUGAAACAAAUAAUAUUUAUUUACCUAUAAAAAAUAUAUACUUAAAUAAAUAUUGCUUAUUUCAAAUUUUUAUAAAUUCAUAUAUUCACAAAUUUAUAUUAUAAAUUCAUUAUAAGCACCAAAUUUGUUCAAAAUAUGUUCUACUAAUUUAAUAUUUCAAAAAUAUUAAGUUAAAGUGAAAAUUUGAUUUAUUAUUCUGACUUUUCUUCGAUACAAUUUUUAUAAUAUUCUUCAAAAAAAUAUAAAUUAUUUUUUUAGUAUAUGCUAAUUAGUUUUUCUAAAAUUUGUGAUAAGUAUAUAUUUUAUAUACAUUUUAAGAGAGUUAUCUCAAGAAAAGAUAAUCAUUACUUACUGGAAGAAAACAGUAAAGUGAUUAUUUUUCUUUUUAGCAAUAUUUUUCUGUGUAUCAUUUUCUGAUUUCAGAAAGUUCUUUACAAAAUUAUUAAUAAGUUAACAUAUUAACAAAUUUCACAGUCUGUAAUAUCUGAUAAUAUUGACAAAUUGUCAUCAAGAAUAUAACAAAGCCUGUUGACAAAUUAUACCAGCAGAUUGGCAACAGAAGCUUACUUUUUAAAAAUAUUUUACGUCUCGAUUUUUUUCUUUGUGUUGUCUAGGAAGGUGUUUUGUGCAAGAUAAUUGAAUGUAUAUGUGUGUAUAUAUAUAAUUUUUUUGCUACAAAGAGUGAACGUGAUUAAUUACAAUGAAAUGGAAACAAUACAUAUGGAAUUACAAAAUUGAUAUAAAAAGAAAUGAAAAAGGACAUACAGUUUCAUGUUGUAAUCGCAGCACACAUUAAUUUAGAGGAACAACUAUACAUUGCUUAAUACGAAAAUUUAUAAUUUGUUCCUUGACACACACAAUACACCUCUUCUCUUCUCUUACAAUAUUGUUCGUGUAUGUAUAAUACAAGGAAAAAGAAAGAAAGAGAAAAAACUAUCAUAAUACAUAUUCGCGAGUUUCCGAUUUUGAUAUUAAUCGUGAGUGAUAAUUAAGUUAUUUGAGAUGAGUGAGAACUGUGAUUUUUUAUAGUCUCGACUUGUAGAAAAUAUCUUCAAGUAAAUUUUCAAGAGACGAGUUUACAAGGUUGCGCCGUAUAUACAAAAUACGAGAUGAAAGAAAUGUAUACCUAUUCUUCAAGACUGGUAAUCGUUGUGUUUUAAUAAAAAAGUCACAAAAGAAAA